UUUCUUCUUCUUUCUUUCGAUCAAUGGAGGCGGCGUCGAGCUACGUUCCCGUCGGGAAGAAGCAGCUGCCGAAAUCGCGCAAUCCCCUCACUGCCGAUUCGAAGUUCUGGAGGCGAUUCAAGAGCAGGAUCGUCGACGAGCAGAAAUUCGCGGUUACCUGCGUGGAUUUCUGUCCGGUUUUUCCUCACGAUUUUGUGGUCACAGCGUCCACCAGGGUUGUGGUUUACGAUGGAGCUUCGUGUCAAGUGAAGAAAACGAUAUCGAGAUUCACCGAUUUGGCGUACUCUGGAAGCUUUCGUCCCGAUGGACAGUUGAUCAUGGCUGGUGGCGAAACCGGGUUGAUUCAGAUCUUCGAUGCCAAUAGUCGGAUAACGCUCCGGCAAUUGAAAGGUCACUCCAGAGCUGUGCGUUGGGUUCGCUACUCGGAAUCAGACAAGCUUCACGUGUUAUCUGGAAGUGAUGAUAAUUCGGUCCGGUGGUGGGAUGUUGCUAGUGAGGAAGCAGUGGUGAAAUUCCAGGAGCACACGGAUUACGUUCGUUGCGGUUCAUACAACCCAGCGAGUCCUGGGAUAUGGGUCACUGGGUCCUACGACCACACUGUGCGAAUGUGGGACACUCGGACUGCAAAAUCCGUAUCGCUGCUGCAGCAUGAUAAGCCCUUGGAAGAUGUUCUCUUUUUUCCUUCUGGAAGUCUUCUCGCAACUGCCGGUGGAAACAUGGUGAAGAUUUGGGACGUGGUGGCUGGAAAGGUUUUGACGGUCCUCGGGAAUCAUCAGAAAACUGUGAAGAAGCUAAAGCUAACGACACCUAGCGAGUCGGAAUCCAGACUUCUCACGGCAUCGUUGGAUGGGCUGCUGAAGGUUUUUGAUAUCGAAGAUUUCAAGGUGGUUCAUGCUGCAAAAUAUCCAGGCCCGAUAUUGGCAAUGGAUGUUUCCCCAUCGUGUACCUCGCUGGCCGUUGGAACAGCAUCAGGUUUGCUUUCUGUGCGUCAAAGGAAGAGCGUAAUCAGCGAAGAGAGAGCCACUCAGGCUCUUGAAGUCAGCGGGCAAGAACAGAAGCAAGUGUUGCGGCCUAGCAACUUCAGAUAUUUUCUACGUGGGGCUGCCGAAAAAGCAUCUGAUGACGAUUAUGUUCUUGGUAGCACAAAAAGAGCUUUGCGCCAAGAACACGACUGGCUAUUACUCAAAUUUCGAUACAAGGACGCUCUGCUCGCGGCUUUGAAUACAAAGGAUCCAACGGUGGUGGUUGCUGUAAUUGAAGAACUAGUAGCUCGCAAGGGAUUAGUGCAAGCAUUUUCGAAUUUGGAAGUAGGAGAACUGGAAAUUCUUUUGGCGUUCCUGACAAAGCAUGUUGCGUCGCCAAAGUAUUCACGGCUUUUAGUUCCUGCUGCCCAUAGCGUAUUUGAUACAUGCGCCACAAGCUUUGCAGCUUCUCAAUCGCUGAAACAACAGGUUACGAAGCUGAAAUACGCGGUGGAGGAAGAAGUGAGGUUGCAGGAGUCACUGCAAUCCUUUCAAGGAAUGCUACAGACGCUUGUUCAAGCAGCAGUUCACUGAAGCUGCUUGGAACCAUUUCUAAUUUUUGCUGCCACCGAAUCGGGUAUGAGAAAACAUUCGAUUCGUGCGGUGUUCAGGGACAGAGGAACAUAAGAAAGCGUUAAGUUUUGUUUUUGUUUUCUUCAAAUAGGUGCUGAAAGAGGUUCGUAA